CAAUAAAGAGGAAAUAAGGCGAACACAAUUACGAGGCAAGGAAAGAAUUGUGAGACAGGACAAUGAGGAAGGUCGGGCCAGGAUGCGAGAGGGGGAGACUGUGACGGGGGGCAAGGGAGAGGGGGAUGGGAGAGUGUGAAAGUGCCUGAGGAUCGUGGUGCCAAGGAGGGGAGAGGUGAGAGUGGCACACCGCAGCAGAGGGAGCGGCACGGAGGGGCACGCCAGCACGCCCCAACAGUCGCUAUAAAGUAUGGUGGAUGAUCAUCAAUUUCACGGGGAAAGUGCGGUCGAUGGGGGACGGGGGUCGAUAGGGCGCGCCGCUCCCCUCCCCUGCACGGCGGGACCUAGUCUGUCCGUGACCCACUUCUCGCCUCCCACACGCUGGCACACUUCUGCAGGACGCCGCGGCAAGGCUCCUGGGCAGUUCCAGCGCCGCCCAUGGCCGUGAGGGAGCAGCAGCACGUGUGAGGGACUCGUGCAGCGGCAGGCACUCCACGUGAGGCGCCCGGCGACUUGAGGCUCGGCGUUUUGAGAUGGUGACCCAGUUUCCACGGCCUUGAGGUUUUUAAGGAGAUUGGUGACCUGCUCCCGUCCUUAUUGAUUGGCGCAGGGAAGGCUGGUGCUGGGGCGGCGCAGUACACCCGCACUCCCGCCCUCGUGCUCCUCCACGCUAUUUCUCCCACGGUGUCAUCUAUGAUUCAGGGGAAAUUUCAUUAUCGACUGAUGGCCAGAUCAGCACCAUGGGUCACGGUGAUGCGGGCCUGAGCGGCUCCCCCCCCCAGGCGCCGGGUGUGCCCCAGGGCAAGGCUGGCUCGGGGGAGGCCCUCUCCCUGCCAGGAGGGGUCCUGAUGAAGGAGGCCUCAUUACAGGCCUCGCUGCCCUCAACACAACACCGCGACAAACGUUCAGCAGCGACGAUGGGAUCAGCUGAGGCACUGGCCGAGGGGGGGAGGGGAGCGCAUGUGCGUGGUGGGGGAGUUUGCUGCCACAUUUCUCGCUUCCCCUCAAUAUCCCUCCCCGCCACAGAAGGUGUUCUCCCAGGCAUGCCUUCCCUCACCGCCACGCCUCCCUCCUCCCACCGGGGCCGUGUGGCGGGAUGAGCUGGUGCCCCGCGGCGGCGUGAUUCCCGGCAAGAUAAGCGCGGUGGCGACGCGCGGCAUCCCCGGCCCAGUGUGGCCGCCCAGCUCGGUGGCCGCUGAGACGAGGCGGUGAGGGGACCGUGGCGCCAGAGAGAAAAUAACUCAGACUGCGAGGCAUGUGUCGCCGAGCGGAGGUGGCGGCGGCAGUGUGGGCCAGGUAGAGAGGGCCAGGGUGCCAAAAGUGUCCCAGGCAGUGAGUUAGUGGCACAGUGGCGGGAGCAGCUGGGCUCAGACAGCAGCUGUCACGGAACCACAAAUCGGCGCGGAACACAACCUGCGGGCGGUGCGGUGCAUGACUCCUGGCAGUGACAUGACCCGCGGCCAGCUGGACGCCCCGCGCUAGGCCGCGGCGAGUGUGACACUUCGGUGAUGAGCAGCAGCCUGUGCCUGCCCGGGGAACAGCGGAGAGGCUGCGGCGCUGCCAGCGAGUGAGGGACGGCAGAGCAUGGUGAGCGAGACAAGGUUUGGUAAGACCACGGAACGGGGUACUGGACACACGCCUUGCACGAGCAGGGCGGCGUGCAGCGUGCCGCGCCAGGCCGUGUGAGGAGGGCGGCAGAAGCAGUGAGGGGAGAUGAGGGGAGAAAGUUCCUGGUGCAGUGUGAGUGACAGUUGCGACCGCCGGGAGACUACUGACGAAGGAACACACUAGUGCCGCCACUAGCGAGGAAUUACAGAACACAAAACCGAUAAGCCGCCGAUCGCGACUCCCCAGUGCUCCCCUGGUCACUCAAGAUGGGGGUGAACAUGGGGAAAGGAGGAGGGGGAGGUGCUCACGGUGGGAGCGGGAGCGGCGGGAUCCUGGACGCCCUGCACCUCACGCAGGGCACGCUGCACAUCGUCAUGCUGGGCCUGGAUUCGGCGGGCAAGUCGACAGCUCUGUACCGCCUCAAGUUCGACCAGUACCUCAACACCGUCCCCACCAUUGGCUUCAACUGCGAGAAGGUUAAAGGUUGCACCGGCAGAGCUAAGGGCACCAGUUUCUUGAUCUGGGACGUGGGCGGGCAGGAGAAGAUCCGGCCACUGUGGCGCUCUUACACUCGCUGCACAGACGGCAUUGUGUUCGUGGUGGACUCCGUGGACCUGGAGAGGCUGGAGGAGGCGAGAUGUGAGCUGUACAAGACUGCCAAGCUACCGGAGAACGCCCAGGUGCCUAUCUUGGUGCUGGCCAACAAGCAAGACCUGCCCGGCGCCAAGGACCCGCUGGAGAUAGAGAGGUUGCUGGGCAUCGCAGAGCUGGGCAACACCCACCUCUGGCACAUACAGCCGGCGUGCGCCAUCACAGGGGAGGGGCUGGACGACGCCCUGGAGCACCUGUACGACAUGAUCCACAAGCAGCGCCGCCUCGCCAAGACCAACAAGAAGAGACCCAGAUGAUCCUCCACCUCCGACUAGUUGGCUGCCCCCGCCGGCUGUCGGACUUCACUAAGCGUUUGUUGGGGCACCGAGGAACAGGAGCAGCCGCCGCCCCCCCUGGAAGGUGCUGAGGCGGCUGCGGUGACGCCUGAAGAGUACGAGGACAUCUGUGACGAGGCUUCAAGAAGCGAGGAUCACUACGGCGCCUCCUGAGCUGCGCACGAUGGCUGUGGCGCCGCCGGGUCAAAGGGUCAAAGAGAGACGUGAUGCAACUCAGCGCCAAUCGAGUGUCUGCUCCUGGAGUGUUGCUGCCUCCUGGGAGAUGUGGCGCCGCAUGUGGCGUGCCCUGGAUGGCUUCCCGAUGGCACAAGCUGAAGGAAGGUGGAUGAAGUCCUCAGGAGGAUGAAUUAAGUCUUUCUCUCCCUGGGACAGCCCUCCAUUGUGCCGUUUUUUUGCAUACAGUGAAGCAGUUUUUCUUGUGCUUCUGUAGUUCGGAGCCGCAGUCCCGAGCACAGCAAGGGCCGGGAGAGUUAAUAUGCCUUCCGCCCCCAUGGCCUGCCUGGCCUGGCCUGCUCCGGGCCACGCCAGUGCUGGGGCAAUCCAAGAUGGAAUUUGGCUCCAAGUGAAGGAGAAGAAAAAUGCUCCCGACUGAAGCCAGGCGGAGCGAAGGUCCCACGCGACACAGGGGCCGCGCUGCCCCUGCCUGGGGCGCUUCAGCUGUUUUGAGACACAAAUAUAAUUGUAAGCGAACUUUUGGGAUAGACAGUUUUUAGGACUGAUUCCUAGAUGUGUUGCAAGCUGCAGGAAUAUUGAUUGUCCAUAUAUCUGUGAUGUGAUCUAUACAUUUACCCCUCAAGAUAACUUUUAUGGCGUCAGAUGUUUUCUAUGUCCACUAAACAAUAUCUCAUUUAAUUUUUCCACCAAUGUUUUUUGCAAGUGAGUGGCUCUUAUUCAUUUGUCUCACCAUUACCUUCUGAGUUGUCAAGCCGCGAUGUUCACGGUAACAACCUUCACUUCACUCAUCAUUUCAAAACCAAACCCGACACGCCUUUAUGUUCCAGACCAAGCUGCCGCGCGACAGUCACACCAACCCAACAUAACCCUACAUAACAUAACAUAACAUAACAGCCCAAAUUUACGUGUUUACGGACGUGUCGAGUGAACGCACUGGACUCAAAUCAUCAGGUAACGCCCGCACCUGAGGCCAGCGCUUGAUCACUGUGCCACACGCCUCCUCACAGCACGUACGUUCCUGGGAGGAGUCACUAAGGCAGCUUCCAGACGGCGUAGGUCAGCCAGCUAGUCACCGGAGCUAGAGCCAGACAUGUAGUGAGUCUCAGUUUGUAACGUAGGUCCUAAGAUAAGGUAGUCGAGCUGAAAGUUAGUCAAUAGUGAGCCAGUUGUUCGAUCAUCUGGAAAAUCAUAUAAUUAGGUAAUCGAUAAGGCAAUCAGUCAGUCAGUCAUCUAGUCUUUCACGACAAUUUUCCUCGCCGCUGACUGCAAAGUGAAGGAAAGAUGAGAUUUUUUAUCCGUGUUUUCGUUUUUUUUUCUUUUUUCUUAUUGAAUUAUUUGUUUAUUUUAGGAUGUGAUAAGUGGGUGCUGCGAUUUUCUUUAUUCAUUUAAUUCAGUCAGUCAUUUACUCAGUCAGUCGGUUAGACAUUACCUAAGUCACACCCAACCAAACCAUUAGCUAGGCCUUUUCAAAAUCCCCGUUUGUGAGUCCUUAAUAUAAUUCAAUCAGUCAGUCAGUCAUUCAGUCAUUACCAUAUGUCAUAUCAAACCGUCAGAUAGCCCUUUUGAAAAUACCCGUUCGUCAAUCCUAAUUUAAUCCAAUUUCGCCCUAAUUCAGUCAGUCAGUCAAUCGGUCAGUCAGCCAGUCAGUCAGUCAGUCAGUCAGUCAAUCAGUCAGUCACUACUGGACACCCAACUCAGAUAACUAUUUUGAAAACCUCUGUUUGUCAUUCCUAGUUUAAUCUAGUCUUACCCUUGGUCAGUCAGUCUGUCAGUCAGUCAGUCAGUCAACCAGUCAGCCAGUCAGUCCCCGUGGUGAGGCCUUUGUACAUAACGAUGCAUAAUCUUUCAUACCGGUAAAAGUAAUGAUAAAAAUAAACAAUAACUUACAUGACAUUUUUUGUAACACAAGAAAGGAAAGCAGCGGAAAAAACCACACGGAAAACAUUUUAGCAACAGUUUUCCCAAUUUUAUUUUUCCGCUGCUACCAAUUUUUGCAUUUUUUUUCAAAUUUCCCUUUCCUUGUGAGUGAAAAAAAAAAUAACAGUACUAAAUGGUGCACUGUAUUUGGAUAUAUUGUGAUUCUCUAUGGUGAUAACUCCCUUUAUUGCAUACUAUUUUUCGGUCCAGGAGAUGAUAAUACUAUUUGUACUACACUUUGAACUUGUUUGAAGCGCACCGUACGUUGUAAAACAAGGACAAGGACGCUACAGACAGGGUGGUGUGUAUCCUUCCCUCGUAGCUACCAGGACUUUGAUACCAUUGGUCGGUGGAAUGGCCAAUGAUGUGGUUUGUUUUUCGCAGCUUAUGUCCUGCAUCCGUUUUCUUUCGCAGCCAAGUCAGGAGUUGUGACUGGCCGCGUGUUACAAUAAGAACAACACACUCGUGGCAUCGUCGUCUCCCGAGUGACAGGAAGAACUAUUUUCACGUGUUUCUCUCUGUGAUAUGUUACAUAGGUGUUGCCUGGGUGAUAGGUGUUAAGGCAGGUGUGUGUUUGUGUGUGUGUGUGUGUGUGUGUGUGUGUGUGUGUGUGUGUGUGUGUGUGUGUGUGUGUGGUGUUUUUUUGCGCCUCAGCCUAACGCGUGUAAAUAUAGAUAGGUAGUUAAUUAAAGAUGAAACAGUGGAAGAAAAGGAAGAAGAGAAAAACAAUGCAAGGAAAAAGGAAUUAAAAGACAAGAAAAUGCACAAAAUAGAGAGUAAGUUACAAUAUUGCAGAAAAAAUACAUGAAACAGUUUUUCUAAAUGUACUUAUGGAAGACAAAAUUUUUCCAUGUACCAGAAAAAGAAGAAAACAGAAAAAUAGAAGAAUACAUAAAGAAAAUAUAUAAAAAGAGGAAAAUCUUAUUUUUUUUUUAACAGUUGAUACAUGAAUGACUGGGUAGGUGAAGUAACUGAGAGCUGAUUGGCUAAUACACUGUAGUUAUUCAAGUUAUACGACAAAUUAACGGUCGAUUACUUUUAUAUAUUCCAUUCAAAGGUUUGUGUUUAGUUAUCUCUUUCUACAACUCCCCAUACGUCUAAUUAUCUACUUUUACAACUGUUCACACGUAUAGUUCUCAUUUUCUAUAACCUUUCAUACGUAUAAUUCUUUCCAACAACUGUUCACACAUAUACCUCUCCCUUUCUACAACUGCUUUUAAGUAUAAUUAUCUUCUGCAACUGUUCACACUCUCCUUCUACCACUGUUCACACGUAAGGCUUCUCUCUCUCUUUCUACAACUCACCGGAUGUUUGUAAGGGCGUUGAUCCUUCAGUACCCGCGUCACGUCCCAGUCGCCGCGGCCUGAAUGUUGUCCCCUUAAUAAGGCAAAACAAUAUCCGGGACUCAGAAGUUAAUCAGUGAGCAGCGGAAGUGGGAGAGCUAAUCAGGAGCGGAGGACGGAAUGCGCUCACGCCACACACACACACACACACACACACACACACACACACACACACACACACACACACACACACACACACACACAUUACGCAUACGUACAAGACUUUAUCAGCAAGAAAGCCCAACUUUACACAACACAGUAAGAAACUUUUCAAGAGAGGAAGAGAUAAGGAUGUGCAGAAAUACAGUUUUCCAAAUAGAGCUUUAGAUUUGUGGAAUGCAUUGCCAAGGGAAGUGGUGUGUGUUUGUGUGUGUGUGUGUGUGUGUGUGUGUGUGUGUGUGUGUGUGUGUGUGUGUGUGUGUGUGUGUGUGUGUGUGUGUGAAAUAUAAGCACCUCAUAUGAAAAGACGAAACAUUAUGAACUUGUCUCGCAUUUGAAAAAAAUACAAACAGUAAACACACACACACACACACACACACACACACACACACACACACACACACACACACACACGAUACAAAAUACAGUUUACCAUCCACCGCAAGGCGACACGUACAAACCCACAACACGACCCUGAUAUAGCGAGUCUCAUUUCCUCCUCCACCCUGCCAGCGCUACACGACCUUGCUACUGCACCAAAAUACCGAUCGAUCAAUCAGUCAGCCAGUCAGUCCUCAGCCUCCCCCGCCCAUUCCUUCGCCGCAAGGUUGAAAGUUGCCUCAUUCCAGGAAAACUUGUAUGCAUUUCUGGCCAGUCACGCAGUUUGAGGUAUUGAUAUGUAACGGGAAAGACGCACAGACAGACUUCCCUUUGUAAUAAUUUGGGUUGCGCUGGUUUUGAGGUUUACUUUGGUGAUAUGUACGAGUUUUGGGUUGCUUGUAAGAGAGGAAGGUGAAGAAGAGUGUUUUUUUUUUACUUUUUUUUUUUAAGGUUAUGUAUUGAAAAGGAGAUGAAUGAGGAUUUGUGAUGGCCAAGAGGAAAAGAAAGGAAAGAAAGAAAGAAAGAAAGAAAGAAAGAAAAAAGGAAAAAGAAGAAGAAGAAGAAGAAGAAGAAGAAGAAGAAGAAGAAGAAGAAGAAGAAGAAGAAGAAGAUGAUUAUGAUGAUGAUGAUGAUGAUGAUGAUGCAUUUUGUUUACGCAUCUCAUGUACUGCAACUGUUUUAUUUCGUAAGGCUGUCCAGAAGAAGAAGAAGAAGAAGAAGAAGAAGAAGAAGAAGAAGAAGAAGAAGAAGAAGAAAAUAAAACUUAUGUAUAAUACAACUUUUUAGAAAUCAAGCGUGUGUGAGUGCUUGUGUGCACGUAUGUGUGUGUGUGUGUGUGUGUGUGUGUGUGUGUGUGUGUGUGUAUGUAUUGCCACGUGCACCGUUCUUGUUGCCCGCGUGCACCGUGUUUUUUAUUCAUAUUUUUCGUUUCCCUGCGUGUGCACUGUUUUCUGUGAGCGUGCACCGCCGCGAAGGCUGAACGCUGGACGCAAGCAACGAGAGAAUCUGAUGUUAACGCGUUCGCCACUUUUUGGACACGAAAAUCGACUUGAUUGUUGCUCUUCUUCUUUUCCUUCCAUCGUGUGCUGAUUUGUGAAGGUCGAGAUUUAAAUACUGAUAAUACUAUAACGGUAAUAAUAAUAAUAAUAAUUUUAUCUAGCCGCGCCCCCCGAAGGCCUUAGUAUCUUGUAUAUCAGAAUUGUUAACAUUUACCGUACAAAAUAAACUUGUCAGGAACC